UAAACCUAUCCAUUGUUUACAGUUUGCACUGAAAAAUUAAGACAAAACACUGAAGUUGUUAAUUUCUUUUUUAUAAAAUAUGUCUGUCUAAAGUUCAAACAACUGCAAUUGUGCCAGUUUUGUUAAAGCAGACGUGAUGUUUUUGUUUUGGAACAGGUCAUCAACAAGAAAUGUUAAUCCUACAGCGAGACGAACACGCGAAUCUCUUGGGGAGGAUUUUGUGCGAAAACUAGAUGCAUUACACGAUGACGCUUUGCGCACAGGCCUAGUAACAACAUCUGAUUUGCAAGAAGCGUAUAGGAAAUCUCGAGAUGCAGACCUUAAUCCGAAUAAAAUUAAUAUGUGGUAUGUGCUAGGCUUAUUGGCGUUCAUAAUGGUAGUAACACCAUUAUUUUAUGAGAUAAUUACGUUUCUUUUGGGAGUGCGUUGCUUUUUGCCCAACAAUUAUAUUGUUUCGGAGGCAACAAGACCUAUAAGCGACUGCGACUUCUGCAGGGAUGUAACAGGACCUAAGAUACUACAAAAUCUGACGCGAGAAGAGUUUUCACCUUAUGCAUAUUCAUCGCAGCCAAUUAUAAUAAAAAAUGCUGUUGCACACUGGAAGGCUAAGCAACUUUUAAAUUUCGAUUAUCUAAAAGACUUAUAUGAACGUAUACCCGGUGCAAUGGACGAGAAAUGUCAAUUUCUUAAUUUUCGUUCGGAUUUCAAAUCGUUGCAAGAUGUUUUUGCAAUGCCUAGCGUUCGUUCAAAUUUAAGCAUAGGUCAAACGCCGUGGUACGUGGGUUGGAGCAAUUGCCAUUCAGUUGUAUUAGAAGAAUUGCGUAAACUUUAUCCGCGUCCACAUUUUUUACCUGUUGAUGCCGAAGUGCCAAAUACGGAUUAUAUAUUUAUUGGCUAUGAACAAGGCGAUUUUAUGCAUUUGGAUUAUAUUCCGCGUCUAGUUUGGCAAGCUCAGUUGCAAGGAAACAAAAGUUGGAUUGUAGCACCGACUCCAGAAUGUGAUCACGUUUGUCAAUCGUUUUCCUUCUAUGUAGAACCCGGUGAUGCAGUAUUGGUUGAUACCAGAAUUUGGUACCAUGGCAGUUCUAUUCCUAACAAAGGACAAUUCGCACUCACCAUACAAUCGGAGUACGGUUAAGCAAUAAAUAUUCACUCAUAAGAUUCGUUUAGCUAUAUUUAUUUUUAAUAGUAAUUUUAAAUAAAGCCAAGUAAGUAAAUUUA